CAUAAAUAACGGGGCGAGGCCAGCGCUCCCCGCUCAGCGGCGGCGCCCGUGCCUGCCACCCUGCCCGUGCUCCAGUCGGCGGCGGCUCCGGCUCCGGCUCCUCCUCCCGGGCUGUGUAAGGUUCAAGACCUGAAAAAAUGGCAUUGGCAGCAAUUGAUCCACAGCAGAACGUUGUAUCCAGGGUUGCCAACCUUCCUUUGGUGAGCUCCACCUAUGAUAUGGUGUCCACAGCUUACAUCACCACAAAGGAUAACCAUCCAUAUCUGAAGUCAGUAUGUGAGAUAGCAGAGAAGGGAGUGAAGACGAUUACAGCAGUAGCCAUGACAAGUGCUAUGCCUAUCAUCCAGAAACUGGAACCACAAAUUGUAGUUGCCAACAACUAUGCUUGUAUAGGUCUAGACAAAAUUGAAGAGAGACUGCCUAUACUGAAUCAACCCAGCGACAAGGUUGUUGCCAAUGCCAAGGAUGUAGUUGUUGGAGCCAGAGAAGCUGUAACAACCACUGUGACUGGUGCCAAGGAAACUGUUGCUCACACGAUCACUGGAGUUGUGGGCAAGACCAAAGAAGCAGUGCAAGACAGUGUAGAAAUGACCAAGUCAGUUGUCAGUGGCAGCAUUAACACUGUCCUGGGAAGUCGUGUGGUGCAAAUGGUGAACAGCGGUGUGGACAGUGCUCUCACAAAAUCAGAGACCCUUGUAGACCAAUAUCUUCCACUUACAGAAGCAGAACUAGAGAAAGAAGCUGCAAAUGUUGAAGGCUUUGAAGUUGGAGUCCAAAAGCCAAGCUACUAUGUUAGACUAGGAUCCCUGUCUUCAAAGGUCCGCACACGUGCCUACCAACAAGCCUUAAACAAAGUUAGAGAUGCUAAACAGAAAAGCCAGGAGACAAUCUCUCAGCUCCACUACACUGUUAGUCUGCACAUUGAGUCAAGAACUCUAGCUAUUGCACGGAGCCUCACUCAGCAGCUUCAGACCACCUGCCUCACACUGGUCUCAAGCCUACAGGGGCUGCCACAGAAUGUACAGGAUCAAGUUUACAGUGUUGGGUCAAUGGCAGGUGAUGCCUACCAGAGUUUUCGGUCAGCAUCCUCCUUCCAAGAAUUAUCAGACAGCUUUAUUGCAGCUAGCAAAGGACAGCUGAAGAAAAUGAAGGAGUCUCUGGAUGAUGUGAUGGAUUAUCUUGUUAACAACACACCGCUCAACUGGCUGGUAGGUCCCUUUUACCCACAACUGCCUAGCAUUCAGCAUGCUGAAAUCAAAGGUGAAGGGAAGGAAAGUUCCAGCCAGAAAGACAAACAGCCUGAACACACUACUGAAUGAACUGCAUAGCAUGCAUGUACUCUGCUGACUGACUAAAUGAGUGGCCUUGCUAAGAGUAGCUGUCGAAAAUAUAAAUUUUCACUGUUUUUUGGUGAAAAUGCAGGAAUAGGGGAAUCUACAGGCCACGACACUUACACAUGGGCUGUAUUGUCCAGUGUAAAGCCACUCUUUUAAAUUUCAAAAUAGACUCAAGUGCCUAAGUAUUGUCAAACACCUCAUCAUGCUUCAGUGGUAUUAAUGCCAUUAGUCUAAAUGAAACCCCCUGUAGUUGAAAGCCUUUGAUUUGUUGCUUGAUCUCUACCAGAAUAAUACAAAAGCCUUACAUACUAUGAAAUGCAUUUAAAAGCUCUACAGUCUAGCUAUGUAUGCUUAAAGGCUAUGUUUGCUGCGGAUCACGCAUUUGAUAAUUAUGCAUCUGACUAUCUCAGACUGUAUUGCUACAUAAUUCAGGACAAAAGUUCUGUGAGUGCAGAAUGCCAAAACUGAAAGUGGGGUUUCUGAAUGAGUCAGCUGGGGUUAAAUGCUGUGACAGUGUUAACAUUAGCUGUAUAAACUUAAGUAUUGGAUAACACAGUAAUUUGACCACAGAAUUAUAGAAUAUCUCCAGCUGGAAUGGACCCAUAAGCAUCAUCAAGUUUGACUCCUGCUCUUUGCAGGACUACCUAAAAACUAAACCAUAUGAGUAAGAGCAUCAUCUAGAUGCUCCAUGUACACUGUUCCAGUGACUGACCAAAUAAUUAUCAACACAUUUUUUAAUAUGCAGUAUAAAGGCAUGAUUCAUGCUGUUUGUACCCAGGUGCCUGCUGUUGUUCGUGUGUGUUUUUGUAGCCACUGUUUUGUAUCUCAUUUUUGUAUGUUAGUAAUAAAUGCUUUAGUAGCUAAAGUCUGUCUCCUUUGUUUUAAAACAAUCUAACUUGCUCUUCUGUGACUCCUCAAACUGGGUCCAGCAAAAGGCAAGUUUGACAUGCAAAUGAAGUAGAUGUGCAUUGAAAAUGUUUGUGUAUGUACUGAUAGAUAAGAUACUGCUGCAGCAGUAUCCUCCCUUUUGAAUUUGUAUAUCCAUCCAUUGAAUCUUAGCUUUACUGCUGCUUUUGCUGAUCCUUGCUGUUGUCACCUUUAAAGAUGAUCUAAGCUGUGAGCUGCUGGAUGUUGUAAUACUGAAAAGAGAUGGAUAUGGACAAAAGAACUCUCUCCUCCCUUCACAGUAGGUGUUGAGUGUGCAUGACAUGGCCAUCUACCUGCUUUGUCUUCUGAUUCCCUAUAAACAGUGUUUACUUCUCAGCUGCAUCGAUAGUUUUAACUUUAUCCUUUUCAACAAGUGAUGAAUGUAUGUUAAUACUCAACUACUUCAGUGGAAUUGUUUUCAGUAAGUCCUAUGAACCCCUCCACUGGAAAAGAAGUAGUAACUAAGGAAUAAGCUUUCUUGGGUUAGUGCUGUCCAGGUAAGUGUUAUCGUUUUUUCCUGAUGCAUGCCCUAUACAACUUUGGGUUGCAAUCAUCUAGUGUAGCAAUGCCAGCCACCAUUUUCAAAGAAGUCACCAAAUAGUGUGAGGCGAAAAUGCAGUUCAAAGAAAGCUUAUCACAUUCUCACACAUUGCUACAUGGAACAAAUACCUCCACCUUGCAUGAUGUAGGCACUAAAGCAAAUUACAUGCUGUCCAGCCUUCUAAUAUGAGAGGGUUAGUUCUUAGAUCAAGGUUGGCCUAGAAGUGUGAGGAAGACUUUUAAGCACAGUAUUAAACAAAACUCCAGCAAAACGGCAUUUCAGGUAAAGAUUCUGUAACUUACAGCUUUUAAUACUCCGUUUCUAUAAGGGAGGUGUUUAACAUGAAAUUAACAUGAGAUGGUGAGAUUCCUGUGGGAACCGAGCUAGCUGGGAUGGCUAAUACCUUAGCCCAGGUAGCUUAUGCAGAAAGUGUAAACCUGAGACCAUGGGAGGUGGGGAAUAUUCAAAGGAUGGGAAUUAGGAUGCUAAUGGCAUCAUUCCAAAAUAGGUCAUGUCUCUGGUUCUGGUUCUUCAUUGGUUCAGGACCUUUGACAUAUGAGGUAAUGUUGCUGUCCUGCAUUUGGGAUUGGGCCCCUGCCCUUGGGUAGCCUUAUAUAUUGUUAAAUUAGCCCUGCCCCUUGGUCUUUGUAUGCUGCCCCUUGGACCAUGCAGUCUCUGCGUUUUUUUGGGGUUUUCUUUACAACUAUUAAAGUUUUAUUUUUUGGGCGCUCUGUCGUUCCUGCCCCUCUAUUUUUGCCACACUCCCCUGGCUGGACUGGAUCUGGAGUCACAGUGAGCUGGACUGUGAUAGGCUCCUUUCCAGCUAGGGCCUGAGUUAAGACAUGUGGAGACAGCACUUUCAGGAGUUAAUUUCUUUUUUUAAGUUUAUUUUACUAUUGCAUGGGUCCAGCAAGAUUAUCCUUUUUAUCUCUAUUUGCAAUAGUACUUGUAGAGUGCAUCCACUGUUGUAGAUGUCCUCAGGAACUGAAUUGAACUCAUUAGGUGUGGGAACAGUGGGCUGUUCAAAGAAGGGAAUACCCAUUCUUCUAUACGUGUUUUAAAGUCUAAUUGCUCUGGUGAGUCUGAUUGCUGGGGUGAUCAAUCAAAUAAGGUAUUUAAACUUUUCAAUGUCUUUUAAGGCCUGAGAAAUAAACAGCAUCAUCUAGCAUUAGUGCAGGUUUAGUACAUUGUUUGUUUUGUCCUGUGUUACUCGUUUAUAUUCUUGCAUGGCUGUCCAGCUUUACUAAAUCUUGGCAAGCAUAUGAAGUAGAAAGCAAUGAAAACUUGUACCAGCCUAGACCUUCAAAGCACUUCUUCCUUCCCAUGCACUGUUGGGUGGCUUCUGUUCAAAAGUUACUUGGACUUCCAGCAGCUGACCUACAACUGGUGGCUGCAAACAAAGCAAGAUGUGGUUAGAUGCUUACCUAAUGGCCGGGCUGGACUUCUGUGUCAUGCUGGGCAACUACAUGCUGUGUAGGUGCUUGUUUUGUUGGGUGCUGCCCACCCCCCAAAAUGUUUUUAAGUUCCUAUUCACACACAACCCCCCACUCCCCAUCAGAAUUAGGAACUCUUCCCUAGUGGAAGAGAUAGCUGAAUAACAGCAAAUUGGUAUUUCCCUGAUUUUUUUAUAUAGAAUAAAGUUCUUUGAUUAAGAUUAUUAGACUCUGCUAAUAAGGAGAGCAUUGAACAUUUAAACUGAUUUGCAACUAUACUUGCAUGGGUAUCUUAUUGCAGGUAAUUUAGCAUAGGCCAUGCCUCACUCCAGUCUAACUGCAGCUCUACAAACAGAACUUCUGAUUUUUCUCUAGUGCAGCUAGAGAGAGUGACUAUUAAUACGUCCACUAGAGGGAAGAAUGAUGCUUUCCAAAGGGGUUUUUUUUUUUUUGCCACUUGUUUUUGACUGAAGGUGAGGUGCUUCCUCACAAGUAAAGAAGGGAAAUCUGAGAUAUUGGCAUCUUACCUGUUUCUCUCUAAAGAACUGCAUGUAUUGAACAGCUCAGCUGCAUUGUACAGAAGCUUGCUUCCUCAGUCCAAAAUCACGUUUGAGGAUAUAGCUUGGGCUAGAAAACUGUUAGGUUUCUCUGGAACCUUUUCAAAAAAUUAAGACUGGAUGUGUUGAAAAUGAUAGGAAGUAGAUCCAACUAUUUUCAGCAAGACAAGUAAACUAGAAUAAAUGGAAGAAAGUCAGAGUCACACAAAACAUAGGAUGGUAAAGGUUCAUUAUCACCUGUAAGGUUAUUUAAGGUUUAUUUAGAAUUCAGAAAAUCACUUUGUCAGAGAUCCCUCAAAAAUUUUUCAUGCUAGUUGACACUUCCUCCUACCAGUUGCUUUUAACAGAGAACUAUUAUUCUAUCAUUGUUAAUAAUUUUUAGAAAAGCUUACAAUAUAAGCACUUGUAAAUAGCUCCAUAUGGUAUGCAAGUUUUGCAAACAUAUUUAUAGUGUUAGCUAAAGCCAAGUUACAAGAUUCAUAUAAGGCCUGUAGUUGCAGCAUUUUGCUGCAAUCUAAAAAGGUGUAAAGCUUUGGAAAUGUCUCUAAUUCUUCAAGAUUAAUAUUUUUGCAAUAACCUUUUCCAGAAUUCAACUUAGGGUAAUAUUUUAUAGCUAGUAAAAUAGGUGAAAGAAUUUGGGAAGAACUGAUGAUUUAUUUAUUUUUAUUUAAAAAAAAAAAAAAAGGCUACCACCAAAAUAUACAAACUCUAAUUAAAAAGGUGAAAUGGAACCAAACUUAUUUUUAAGCAUGCUCAGUUUGUAAUUUGCACGAUCAGAGAGUCUUGCAUGCAGCAACUUGCUGGAGGCAUUAUGCACAGUGCUUUGCUAAAUGAAUUUAUUUAUUGCCAAUUCGUGGCAAUUUAAUUUCCUUUGGAUUACGACUAAAAACAAGUGCUUGUUUUGGAAGUUCACAAAAUGAGAAUGUUAUGUCAAAAUGCUAGUGGCUCAGUUUUAAAAACUUAGCAAGAAAAAAAAUGGAUUGAAGUUCUUAGUAUUGACAUUAACACUUGUAUAUGAAGACAGCAAAAUGCCAAAGUAUUUUUUGCACUGUGCUGUGUAGGGGUUUUGCCAAUAUUACAGCUUUGUAAAUGGUUUACUGAACCAUACAGAGAAAAUGCAUGAACAAGAGAUAUAUCUGGUCUUUCUCUUUUAUUGCAAGAAUUGAUAGGAAGUUGAAAGCAGGGAGUCAAUGGUGAAAAGUGAUGUGGAAGCAAAGGUCUUUUACAUAAGCAAUCUCAUAACACUAAGUGCUUUGCAUUGUUUCUGGUGCAGAUGUCAGAAUUUGUAAUUCUAAUAAAAUUUAGCAAGGUCAAAACUGAGGUGAGUCAUACUGACAUCCUGUUUGUUUUACUCAUGCUGAGAUAUACUGCAAUUUGAAGGUCUCUCAUAGCUAUGAAAAUCUUACUGUUACAUUAAAGGAGUCAUAUUCUUCUACUGCAUGCAUUAAACAGAUGAGCAAAGCAGAAACUUAAAUUUGAGCAAUUACUCUGUUGUCACUAAGAACAAAAUGGAUAUAAGUAGUAAAAAACCUCUUAAAUGUAUGAUAGAGAAAAUUCUUACGAGUCAAACACACUUACUGAGCAUGGCAGUGUCCUGGUCAGUUUAAAUACAUAGAACCAUCCAUUUGAGUACAUUUUUCUUAAAAAUUGCAUAUGGACUACUUAGACUUAUUAGGGUGCCUGUUUUAUACUACAGUAUGAAAUACAAGGUCAUGUGCUGAUAGUUGGGGAACUUGUUGCUUUCUCUAAGUGCAGUAAUGAGAGUUUUAGGAAAACUGCCAUAAGCAGAAAGAUGCAAGACAAUUACUGCUGGUAGAAAGAUGUGGUUCCUGUAUUCCUAGUGCCUUUUGAUCUUUUGGGAAACAAAAUUACUGAUCUUAUUUUGAUGAAGCUUAAGUUCUCAAAGUUGUCCAUGCAUUUUAUGGUAUUCACAGUAGUGCCUGGUUAGCUACACACUGCUUAAGUUCUUCUAAAGAUCAGUUUUGAUAAAUAAUUAGUAUUUCAAAGAUCCCUGGUGUCUAAUGACUUCCUAUUCUGUAAGACCAGUAAAUUAACAUGCAGUGCUUCUGUGUUAAGUACAACCUGGUAGCUGAAGCAGUAGUCUCUUUAUUUGUUAUGUUGUCCGUCCUUCUGACCUGUCUUCAUAGCAGGCAAAGCAUAGAUUUUUCUUGCUUCAUUAAAGUAAGUCAUAAGGUGUUUUGCAGUUAGGGGAUGCAUUAAAAAUGCCUCUUCAGUCCGUGCUGAGCUUCAGUAACAGAAAUGCCUACAAGCUGCUGUUGCUUUGAAUGUGCAGAUCCAAAGUCCUGUCAAAAUGCAGCAGUAGUUACUUGCUGAUACUGUGUCUGGCUCCAAGUAUGCCAUAUCACCAACAUUAAAACUAACUAUAUGUCAUCUUACAGAUGUGAGUAUUUUUCACUUAGGCCAAAAAACUUAUGAGUAAAUUGCUUAAUUUUCCCCCCAUUUUUCAGAAGUCCCUAAGUAAUCUAAGUCCUACAAAAGGGACUUAAGGGUUGGGACUUAAGCUCCUAAGUGUAUUAGCCAACAUUUUUAGAAGUCUGUAACAUCCACUGAUGUCUCUCUGGCAAUUCCUGAAACCCUGUGCUGCUUAGCAGUACAGAAUAGUAUACAUGUAUUUAAAAGAGAGGCCAUAGUGAGAUUACAUUUCUGGGUAUUUGUUUUGUCAGAAAAGGUCUGAUGCAGUUGGCAGGUAGAGGAACACAGCAAUCUGCAUCAAUCUCCUCAGGGCAGAUUACUUUAUAUAAUCUACUGCUUCUAUGAAAAGAAGAAAGGCAAAAUUAGUUUAAAAACCUCCUUUCUUAAUUUUCCAUUUACCAGUUUCAACAAAUUCAGUCCACUACAUUCAGCUCUUUUCUAUCUCUACUAUAAAAUCCUUCAUUCUAAGCAACUGAUUUCCAUUUUGAGCUGUCUUAAUGGUUUGUGUGUCCUAUGUGUCUGAGCACAUUUCACUCUGUAAUCAGGAUGUUUUGUCAGAUUUCUAGAGGUACUGAGCAUCUUUGUGUCCUGUCUUCAGUGAAGGAGUACUGCACAAACUUGUUUAGUUUUACUUUUAAAUUGACUGAAAUUUCAUUCCU